CGGCCAGGAUUUCACCAGCGGAACACACAGGACCGCCUGCGUGAGUCUACCAGGUCGCCACCUAUGCCUAACAGCAACAUCAAGAAGAACCGGAGGUCCGUCUUCAGGGAAGUGGGCCUCAUCCCAGACAACGACUGCGCCACCGCUCUCAUUGAAGAAGAGGAAGAAGAAGAAGAAGGAGAUAUUGAAUCUGAGAAUGGCGGACAUCGGGACGAUGACGAGAUGACGGGCCAACAGCAGCAGCAGUCGUCCCCAUCUGAAGCAUCUUCGUCGACGACACAGUCUCCUACGAGCAAGACGCCGUGGUACGCCAAGCUCGCAGCAGGGAGAAGACCUCGCGUGAGGACAGGCGGCUCGAGUGCACCGCCGUCUCCCGUCCUUAGUCUGCCCACCAUGACCAUGCUUGCCCUCGCCGUUGCUCUCGUCGCUCCACUGGUGAGUCGGAGCGACCACGAUCCCGCUGGUAUUGUGGACGCAGGUCCCAUCUCCAUCAGGACAGACAGUCCGACAGACGUGUGUGCUAGAUGGGCACAGCAAACUGCCCUCCUGAACGGCACCUUGUUCAUUUAUGGAGGCGAGGCCAAGACGAGCGAGGACCAGGUGAAUAACACAUGGAACAAUGACUUCCUCACCCUGGAUCUCACCUCCUCUUGGGACGCAAGCUCGCCCGCCCUGACUGGCCUGGCCCAGCCCAGCGGGCCCCCAGCCGUCUCCCUGGGUUAUCUGUGGAACGACUACAACAACCUCUAUCUUUACGGAGGCGAGUUUGCCGACAACCCUUAUGUCGAACCAGCCGCGGUGGCCACCUGGAAGUACGCCAUCAGCUCGGCCACGUGGACCGAGUAUACAGACCUCGUGACGUCGGCUGGCAACAACUCGGCAGCCGGCGGCGUGGCCCUGCAGCGAGCAGCAGAGGGCGCCGGCGUGAGCGUCCCAGAGCUGGGGCUGAGUUGGUAUUUCGGCGGCCACCUCGACGACUCCACCACGCCCGGUUGGAGCGACCAGGUCGCGCGCGUCUACCUCAAGAGCCUGCUCGAGUUCACCCACCCAGGCUACACCAACGAUGCCGUGUCCUCGCUGUCGGGAACAGGCGCACCUGCCGCGGGCGUCUACCGAAACAUCACGCAGGGCGGCCUGCAGACCAGCACUGGCUUCGGCGAGCGUGCAGACGGCGCGCUGGUCUUUGUCCCUGGCUGGGGCGCCUCGGGCGUGCUGAUCGGCCUGGCAGGCGGCACGGAGAGCGAGUUCACCAAUGACAUGUCCACGCUGGACGUCUACGACAUUGCCAGCUCGCAGUGGUAUCACCAGCAGUCGACGGGCACCGCCCCAGGCGUGCGGGUGAACCCUUGUACUGUGGUCGCCAGUGCGCCAGACGCGAGUAGUUUCCAGAUCUACUUGUUUGGCGGCCAGAAUCUGCAACCUGCUGGUGAUCAAAUCCAGUACGAUGACAUGUACAUCCUAACCAUCCCCUCCUUCACCUGGAUCGGCCCCAUUGCCCACUCUGGGUCCUCGAUCCCCUUUGCGCGUGCAGGUCACACCUGUAACCUCCGCGACGGACAGAUGGUUGUCGUGGGCGGCUUCAACACGACCGUCACGACCUGCGACAGCCCUGGCAUCUACGUCUUCAACGCCUCGUCCUUGGAGUGGGCCUCGUCCUUCACAGCGCUCAGCCCCUCGGACGAUCUGGACGCCGGGAAUACCGUUCUGGCCGACAGCUAUGGAUACACCGUCCCCGACGAGGUUGUCAGCGUCAUCGGCGGCAACCCCUCUGGCUCAGCCACCGUGACGACCCCUGCCGCGAGCGCCACUGGAGGACCUUUUGCCACGGGGAAACCACCCGUCUACACCAUCACCGCCUCAGGGUCUACAGCCACCAUUACCUCGCCGGGCCAGACUGGCGCCUCCUCCAGCGGCAGCGGCAACGGCGGCGUGGAUGGUGGUCUCGUCGCCGCCGCCGUCAUCGCGUGCCUCGCAGGCGUGUCGGCCGGUUACCUGGGCUACUGCGCUUGGCUGUACAGGCGACAGGUCCGCGCGUACAAGACCCAUCUCGCCGUCACAAACCGCUUCCCUGCGCGAUCCGCCAGCCACGGCAGCUUCGGCCGCAUGCUGGCGUUUGGUCGAAAACCAACAAGCAAGGGCUCGCCCCGGCACGCGCGGGAGAUGAGCGAGAAGCAGGCCCCGUGGAGCAUGUCGGGCGAGGACAACGCAGCCGGCAGCGGGUCGUACGGGUCUGGAGGUGAGGCGAGCGGCGGGCGCCAGAGGGCGGGAAGCGGAAGUGGUGCUAGCACGUCGAGCUCGACCGAGGGUUUGCUCGAGGGCAGGGAGCCGAGUUUCUUCUCUGUCAUCCUUGGCCCUAGGAGGGCUCUGAGGGUGGUUAAUGGCCUGGAG